UUUACAAUGACCUAUCAAAAUGUUUGGACAACCUUGAGAAAACUAUAGUAGAAAAAUAUAUGAAUAUUACUCUGCUGAGCCGGAAAUUUUAAGGAUUUUACAGGUAAAAUCAGUUUCAAAAACACUAUAUUUGUCCCUGACUCCUGGUAUAAAUCAAGAACAUGAAGUAUUUCUUCGUUGCAUUUAUACUUUCACUCUGCGUUGCAGGAUUGCAUGCCAAAAAGCAGCAUCUGACCAUAAGGCAGCACAUGGCCAGCUUGAAUAUCGACCAGUUUUGUCCUCAUGCACAAAAAGAAUGUGAUUGGUGGUGUCGGUACUUUAAAUAUGAGAAAGGAGUGUGUGAAAAAACACGGAACAUUGAGUGUUGGUGUUAUUUGAAUGAACCAAAGCUUAGGAAAGUCGUAAAAAUCAAAGAUGGGAAACCCUCGGUUUCUCUGGAAGAAAAGCCUAGGAAAUUCAAGAUAGUCAAGAAGAAGUUGCACUCGGUUGGCCCGGAAGGGUUCAGAAUGGAGACUAAACGUUACAGUAAGACCUUCAACACGAAGAGUUUUAUUGAUGAUACUGAUAUAUUGUAUCCUAAAUUUCAAGGCCUAGGACAUUUAGGAGAGUCUAGAGAAUAAAGAAUCACAAAUGAAAAACUGAAUUAAAUAUCGUAAACACAAGUGUAACAUUUCUCACAACCUUUUAUUGAAAUGAUGUUAAUACAAUGUACAACUAAAAUACUAAAGAAAAUUUUCUCACAUUUUUCAACUCAACAGCAUGGAAUACAGGCGUGAUAUACUCACUAAUUCGGUUAAAUGGGUCUUUAUUCUAAAAGUCUAAAAGGUUUUGAAUACUAUCUGCUCGCUCACAAAUGCUGCAGAUUUCAUUUAAAUUUUAAAUUGAGACGUAAUUUAACAUGUCAAGAGUUGUGUUUUUAAUUGCUUUGUUUUUCUUGAACGGCAGUAUUCAAACAGCAUCACUAGCUAGCUGAGCUUGCAACCAUAGUAGCGAGUA